GCCCGGCCCGGGGGCUCGGCCGCCCCUGUGGCUCCCCCCGCGGCGUGCGUGUGAAUUCGGGGCCGCCCCCUGGGGCCGUGUCUUAUUCCGUGUGGCGUGGGGGGGGUUAGAAAAAAAAUUGCCGGGGAGUCGGUUGAUUUUUUUUUUCUGCCUCCCUCCUGCGUGGGGCGAAGAUUCAGCAAAGGACCGGGGGCCAGAGAGACCGGGAGGCGCUGAAACUGCGGCUCUGCCAGAUUAUUUUUGUAUUCUUCUGGGGGCCUAGGGAGGAAAAUCCGAGACGUCUAUUUUUAUUAAAUAGAUUAUUAAAAAAAAAAAAAAACCAAGAUGGCUGGAGGUGGCCGUGAUGAGCGUGUUGGCUUUUUUUUUUUGAUCUGAUGAUAAAGCCAAAAGACAACAGCAGCUGCAGCGGCAGACUCAAUGUGGAGUUUCCCCUCCAUACAGUGACACAUCAGGCGCCUACUUUGCAGGGUGGUGUCGUUUACCGGAUCGAUUAUCUUUGAUCGGUUUUAUUACUUUUUUUUUUUCAAAAAAGUCCCCUCUUCUUUCUCUUGUAGCUCUAUUUUUAACAUCCAAACUGAGAGAGGCAACUCAAAAUGGCUGAGGACUAGGUCCUGCUGGAAUUGUACAUUUUCAGCAGCCUCCUUUAAGCUUCUCUCUGUGUCUCUCACCCCCUUUUUUGCAGGCUGGAUCUGAAAGGAGAAAUAGCUUUCAUGUCAGAGAGAAAACAGAGAAGAGAAGGGAAAGGAGGGGGAAGGGCUCUUCAUUAGCAGUUGAGAAAUUCCUUUUCAGUUUGAUCAAGGCAUGCUUGUAUUCCUUCCAGCGACCAGCUCUCUCCCAAAUAUUGAGCGACUGUUCUGUUUUAUUGUUUCUACUUUGGGUUGUUUUACCUUGCAUCAGAAUCUUUCCAGAUCCUAAAACAAGAUUUUUCUUUUUUAAAGCCUGUUCAUUAGUGCGAAUCUAGAGCACAGGUUGAUUUUUAUUUCAUGGGUCUUUUUUUCCCCCUCCCCUCUUCCCAAACCUUUUUUUUUCCUCCUCUUUCGUUCUCAUUCCGACUUGUGAAAGGAAGAAGGGAUUGGGAGGUUCCUUUGGCGCUGGGCUGGAAUUUCAUCUGAAUGAUUGACCCGUCUUCCUACAGUGCUCUUCCGUCCAAGAUCUCACUAUUCCAAAGCAACCGAAAGAAUCGUGUUUUGCUGCUCAGCUGGGUUAGAAGAAAAUCUUUGGGACAAUUGGAAGAAUCCAGUUUAAUUCACUGUUUUUUAAUCUUCCUCCCAUUUGGAUCUUAACUCUGUUUUUUUUUUUUUUUUUUUCAUUUUUAAAGGACUAAUUCCUAGCUCCCCUUCCGGGAGAAAAGGAAGGGAGAGAAAAAGAAAACUGAGGCUGUCUAUUCUCUUGGGCGUCUGACCAGGUUAGUGGACAAAAGUCCCUUUAAAAUAUUGAAUGUCAGUUGCAAACCGAAGACAAGAAAAAUCAUAUCCGGAGUUCUAAUUUUAGGAGGUUUUUAUGGAACUUGGACUCUGCUACUGGAUUUUGUAUGGAUUUUUUCCCCCCCGUCUUUGUUCAAUUGGAGACUUCCCGUUGCGGGGGGAAAAGCCCUGCUCUCUUCGUUUCUAGAUCAAACCGAACCCGUCAGGGAGCGACGAUAAAUAGCGCCGUCGAAAUGGCUGAAAAUUGGAAGAACUGUUUUGAAGAGGAACUGAUCUGUCCCAUUUGCCUGCAUGUCUUUGUGGAACCUGUUCAACUUCCUUGUAAGCACAAUUUCUGCAGGGGCUGCAUAGGGGAGGCAUGGGCCAAAGAGGCCGGCUUGGUGCGCUGCCCGGAAUGCAACCAGGCUUACAACCAGAAACCCAACCUGGAGAAGAACUUGAAACUGACCAACAUCGUGGAAAAGUUCAACUCCCUCAACCUGGAGAAGACCCCCUCGGUCUUGCACUGCGUCUUCUGCCGCCGCGGCCCCCCCUUGCCGGCCCAAAAGAUCUGUCUGAGGUGCGAGGCCCCCUGCUGCCAGUCCCAUGUGCAGACUCACCUGCAGCAGCCCUCCACGGCCCGGGGGCACCUCCUGGUGGAGGCGGACGAUGUGCGGGCCUGGAGCUGCCCACAGCACAAUGCCUACCGACUGUACCACUGUGAAGCGGAGCAAGUCGCCGUGUGCCAGUUCUGCUGCUACUACAGCGGGGCGCACCAGGGCCAUUCGGUGUGCGACGUGGAAAUCCGCCGCAACGAGAUCAGGAAGAUGCUGAUGAAGCAGCAGGACCGCCUGGAGGAGAGGGAGCAGGACAUAGAGGAGCAGCUCUACAAGCUGGAGUCGGACAAGCGGCUGGUGGAGGAGAAGGUGAGCCAGCUGAAGGACGAGGUGCGCCUGCAGUACGAGAAGAUGCACCAGCUGCUGGACGAAGACCUGCGCAAGACCAUGGAGAUCCUGGACAAAGCCCAGGCCAAGUUCUGCAACGAGAACGCGGCCCAGGUGCUGCACCUCAACGAGCGCAUGCAGGAGGCCAAGAAGCUGCUCAGCUCCGUCCAGGUCAUGUUCGACAAGACCGAGGACAUCAACUUCAUGAAGACCAUGGAGAUCCUGGACAAAGCCCAGGCCAAGUUCUGCAACGAGAACGCGGCCCAGGUGCUGCACCUCAACGAGCGCAUGCAGGAGGCCAAGAAGCUGCUCAGCUCCGUCCAGGUCAUGUUCGACAAGACCGAGGACAUCAACUUCAUGAAGGUGAGGGGGGGCCGCCUGGCCGGGGGCAGGCGCAGGGAAAUCCGGGUCUUUGCUCUCGUUGCCCGUCGGGACAGGACCCAGAACUGCACAGGCGGCAGCCUGCCCCCGCCCAAGAUCGGCCACCUCAACUCCAAGCUCUUCCUGAACGAGAUCGCCAAGAAGGAGAAGCAGCUGCGGAAGCUGCUGGAAGGUCCCUUCAGCACCCCGGUCCCCUUCCUGCAGAGCAUCCCCAUGUACCCGUGCAGCGUCAGCAACCCCGGGGCGGAGAAACGCAAGCACUCCACGGCCUUCCCCGAAGGCAGCUUCCUAGAGCCAUCGCCUGGACCUGUGGCCAGCCAGUACAUGAGCCAGGGCGCUUCCGCUGGCGAGGGCCAGUCCGCACAACCCAUGGUGCCUUGUAGCUCCACGCAGCACAUCGUCGGACUCCCCAGCGGCCCGCAGCCGGUGCACUCGGGGUCCGUCUUCAACCCAUCUCACUACCCCAGUAGCACCUCAUCUCAGCAGUCCGUGCUGUCCCAGUACGGCGGGCGCAAAAUCCUGGUCUGUUCAGUGGACAACUGUUACUGCUCCUCGGUGUCCAAUCACAGCGGGCAUCAGCCGUACCCCCGGUCGGGUCACUUUCCCUGGACAGUCUCUUCGCAGGAGUAUUCCCACCCUCUUCCCCCCGCGCCGGCUGUACCUCAGUCGCUUCCCGGACUUGCCGUGAGGGACUGGAUAGACGCCUCCCAGCAGCACGGACGUCAGGAUUUCUACAGAGUCUAUGGCCAACCUUCCACCAAACACUACGUCACCAGUUAACCCUCAGACUCGCCACGGAGUGGUGUUCCUGACGCUUUCGGAGCUCCGCGUCCAGUUUUUCUUGCUGUCUUUUUAAAUUGCACCCCCCCCUUCCUUCCUGCUCCGCUCUUCGCCGUUGGGGAAGGUCUUUUUCUCUCCUCUUCCUCUCUUUCAAGUAUUGGUUUUAAUUUAAUUUUUCCAAAUUCCUCCCCUCGCUGGAAAAAGACGAGGAUGAAAUUAACGAGGAGAAAUGAAUGAGGUUUUUUCAAUCAGACAUCGGGUUCUGAAUUUUACACGUACUUGCUACGUUCUGGUUUUGAAAACUCGCAGGGACAGUGGCUCCUUUUCUCUUUCAGUAUCUCUGGGCUCUUUUUGGUUCAUUUUUAUUUUCCCUUCCCUUUAAAGAAAAUUCUCUCAUUGAUUCAGUAAGAAACAAUAUUUGUAGAUUUUUUUUUUUUUUAAGGCUGAUUUUUUUUCCCUGUGUGCGUGUGUGUGUGUUGAAAGGCUACUUCUCAUGCAUCCUGGCUUUUUUUCCCCCUUCUUUCGGAGAUUUGUAAAUACACGAUGGCAGGAGAUUUAAUGCACAAACAAAACAAAAAAACAACAAAAAAAGGGAAAAGAAACUUAAAAAAAAAAAAGUAAACAAAAAAAAUUCUGUUUUAGUUUCCGGGAGCGAAGCGUUGCCACGUUGCACACGCCCCUUCCCGUGUAUCGCUGAUGCAACUUCCUGUAACAAGCACUUUGUAUAAAAAAAAAAGUGGACUUCCUGCUAUAAGGCACAGGUAUUUAUUCUGUAACCAAUUUUAGAACACAAAAAAAAUAUUCAAAUAAAUGUGAUCACUUAGUGCAAA